CGGCUUCCCUUGUUCGGUGCUCGGGACAAGCGAAUCGCGAGAGCCUCUCCUCUCGUCUUCUUUUUUCCCCCAAAAGCGAGACCAAGCCAGUCCUCUCUCGCGUUCGAAGCCCAAAACGCUGCCCCUCGGGACUCCGCUUCUCUCAUGAUCUUCAGAUCUCUUUAGCUUUCUGAUCUUCUUCAUGAGAUCCCAUUUCGUUAACCAGAUCUAGACGUAAGCCACCGCGAUCCUCUCCUUCGAUUUUGAGCGUAGACUCCAUCUAAUUAGAUCGAGAAACGUCGAAUCGAUCGGUUUCUAGAACCCUAGGGGUCUGUUUUGAGCUCAAUUCGGCCAUCUGAUGCGAGAUUCUCGCGAUUGAUGCAGGCAGCGGGAACGAUGAGCAAAGGGAUCUUCGACGGGCUUCCCCUCCCUGCAGAUAAAGAGUACCUGAGGGAAGGGCUCUCGAGAAUAGAUGAAAGCUGGGCAGCUGCGCGGUUCGAUUCUUUGCCUCAUGUGGUCCAUAUUUUGACAUCGAAAGAUCGCGAAGGUGAAGUUCACUUCUUGAGGGAACAGAGUGAUCUUGUUGAGGAUGUGGUUGACGAAGUCGUGCAUGCCUAUCAUCAUGGGUUCAAUAAAGCAAUCCAAAACUAUUCCCAAAUACUACGGUUGUUUAGUGAAUCAGCUGAAAGUAUUGCUGUUCUCAAGGUUGACAUGGCAGAGGCGAAGAAACUUCUAGGUUCUCGCAAUAAGCAAUUGAGUCAACUGUGGUAUCGAUCGCUCACGCUGCGACACGUCAUAUCUUUACUGGAUCAAAUUGAAAGUGUAGCCAAGGUUCCUGCUCGCAUUGAGAAGCUGAUAGAAGAUGGGCAGCUAUAUGCUGCUGUUCAGUUGCAUGCCCAAUCAACGCUGGUGCUUGAGAGGGAAGGCCUUCAAGUGGUUGGUGCUCUUCAAGAUGUUCGAUCAGAACUAACAAAGUUACGCGGUGUGUUAUUCUAUAGAGUUCUUGAAGAUCUUCACAGCCAUCUUUACAACAAGGGAGUUUACAGUUCAGCUAGCUUGUCACCAGAAAGAGAUGAUGAAGUACCAACUUCCACUAGCAGUGCAUUUUCAUUAAGCAGUUCACAGCCUCUUUCUAGGAGAACCAGAUCAAUUAAAGGUGAUAAUCGGUUUGGCAGUUCAACAUUUGGGGAAGGACCUUUUAUGCCAGGUUCUAUUGAUGGAGGUUCUUCAUUUGAUGGUCAUGAUGAUGAGAGUAGUCUGGAAAUUGAUGCGGGUACAGCUGAUCCAUCAGCAAGGACUCAUGCUGGUGAUGGACAUAUAAAGGAUGUUAGAAGUGCUGCACGCCAGAUUCCAAUGUGGCUUUCACGUGCUACUCCAGAUGAGUUUAUUGAAUCAAUGAAAAAGAGUAAUGCACCCCUCAAUGUGAAAUAUUUGCAGACAUUGGUUGAAUGCCUUUGCAUGCUUGGUAAAAUUGCUGCUGCUGGUGCUAUGAUAGGCCAACGAUUACGGCCUACUGUCCAUGAUAUUAUCAUUUCUAAGAUAAAAGCGCAUGCAGCAUGGAGUUCAUCAAGGUCGUCUACAGAUCAUGCAACAAGGUCAUCCACUUCCAAUUUACUUGAUGCAAAAGGAUUGCUGCAAAAUUUCCAGAUUCUUAGACAAAAAGGUAAACAUGGGUCAUCUUCUGUGGGAGUUCAGUUGACUGUUAGCCCGGUCCCUCCAGCUUUGACACCCAUGGGAACAGCACAAUCAGCAGCUAGUGAACUUCUUAGCUCAGCAUUAGAUUUUGUCAUUCGUAUACUCGAAAAUCAUAUUCUUGUUGGGGAGCUUCUGGAGUCAAAAUCAUCUCAACAAGGAGACAUACUAAACACGCCGAAGUCCAUGAAUGGGGACAUAAACUGGAACCCAGACAUUGAUUCUUCUCAGGCUACUGGAGGCUUUAGUAUAGGCUCUUCAUUGACAGUCAUACAGAGUGAAUGCCAACAGCUCAUCUGUGAAAUUCUACGAGCGACUCCAGAAGCUGCAACUGCUGAUGCAGCGGUCCAAACAGCUAGGCUUGCAAACAAAGGUCCUGUUAAGGAAAAGAGGGAUGGAUCAGAAGGCCUGUCUUUUGCUUUUCGCUCUACAGAUGCAACAGCGUCUAUGUCCAACCAAGGUCAAGGAUGGAGGAAGGGGUCAAAUGCACAGCAAGAAGGAUAUGGUACAUCAGCAGUGCUUCCGGAGCAAGGAAUUUAUCUUGCCGCUUCAGUUUAUCGGCCUGUUCUUCAGUUUACUGACAAAGUCGCAUCUAUGCUUCCUCAAAAAUAUUCUCAGCUUGGAAAUGAUGGUCUGCUAGCUUUUGUGGAGAACUUUCUGAAAGACCAUUUCCUGCCAGCUAUGUUUGUGGAUUAUCGCAAAUGUGUCCAGCAGGCUAUCUCAAGUCCAGCAGCAUUCAGGCCAAGGGCCCAUGUUUCAGUAUAUAAUCCUUUAGUAGAGAGAGGGCGCCCUGUCUUGCAAGGUCUUCUAGCUACUGAUUUGUUAGCAAAAGAGGUUCUUGGUUGGGCACAGUUAAUGCCAAAAUAUGCUUGUGAACUUGUUGAGUAUGUCCACACUUUUCUGGAACGUGCUUAUGAGAGAUGUCGAACAGCAUUCACAGAGGCUGUCCUUGAAAAGCAGAGCUAUAUGCUCAUUGGAAGAAAUGAUGUCGAGAACCUGAUGCAGCUUGAUCCAGCCAAUGCUUGUUUGCAAAAUUCCUUUUUUGAAGAAAAUUUCUCAAACGCCGAAACUUUUGAAGCAGAAACAGGAAUAAGUGACUUACUGUUGAGCUUACGUCCAAUUAAGCAGGAGCAAUUAAUCCGCGAUGAUCACAAAUUCAUUUUGCUGGCAUCUCUUAGUGAUUCUCUAGAAUAUUUGGCAGAUUCUAUUGAAAGGCUUGGAGAGUCUUUUGUAAGGCCACAAACACGUACAGACGACAAGACCCAUACUCACCAUGGCCAUCGCCAUACACGGACUGCAAGCGCACUUACUAAAAAUCUUGGAAUUCUUUCGGAUGAUUACCGAAGACUUGCAACUGAUUGUCUGAAGGUUCUACGCCUGGAAAUGCAAUUGGAAACAAUUUUCCACGUGCAGGAAAUGACAAAUAGGGAAUAUGUCGAAGACCAAGAUGCAGAAGAACCUGAUGAUUUUGUUAUUUCUCUUACUACACAGAUAAUGCGUCGGGAUGAGGAAAUGGCUCCAUUUGUUGCGGACCUGAAGAGGAACUACAUAUUUGGUGGAAUAUGCAGUGUUGCAGCUAAUGCAUCAAUCAAGUUUCUUGCUGAAAUGAAAUCCAUUAACCUACUGGGAGUCCAGCAAAUAUGCAGAAAUUCUAUUGCAUUGGAACAGGCUCUGGCUGCCAUCCCAUCAAUAGACAAUGAAGCAGUUCAACAGAGAUUAGAUCGUGUCAGGACAUAUUAUGAGCUCCUAAAUCUACCAUUUGAGGCCUUGCUUGCUUUCAUCACGGAACAUGCAAACUUGUUCACAUCCAAAGAGUAUUCUAGCCUUUUGAAGGUCAUUGUUCCUGGCAGGGAGAUCCCAGAUGAUGCACAGAAGAGAGUAUCGGCGAUCUUGGGAAACUAGCCUUCGCAACAGUUAGGGACAUUAACAAGUCCUCAUAAAUCAACAGUCAAUGACAUUACCUACAAAUCCGUACGUUAGAUAUGCUUGCAUUCUUGAUAUGUUUGUGUGAGGAAGAUUUGUUUACAGGGAGCAAAUGCACUUUUUCCUGUUGAGGAUGAAAUCUGACAAGUUAUACAUCCCAGAGAGAACUCGUCAGCUGUCUUCUUGCCUUAUUGUUGUAUAUUCGUGUCAAUUCUUUGUGUAAUUUGUCUCGUGUUUUUCAUUAUUCAUGCUAAAUCCAAGAUGUAGUAUUUCUUUUCUUUUUCGUUUGUUUCUGUUAAGCAUUGAUUUUGUCCACCAUUGUUAAUAAGCAGAUGAAGGGUAUCGAUAGUUUGUGUAUCUCAACUUGUAGUUUUGAGCAUUCCUAUUGAAA